GCGGCGAGCGGCGGGCACAGGCCGCCACCGACCCGGCCGCGGUGCGCGCGGGGCAUGAGCGCCGAGGGGCCGCGGCCGCCCCCCAGCCCCCGCGCGCGCCCCGGCCCAUGGGCGCAGAGGAGCCAUGGACUGCGGCCUCGUGCGGACGCUGGUGCGCAGAUACUGUGCCGGCGAGGAGAGCUGGGUGGACAGCCGGACCAUCUACGUGGGGCACAAGGAGCCCCCGCCUGGCGCCGAGGCCUACAUCCCGCAGAAGUACCCCGACAACAGGAUCGUCUCCUCCAAGUACACCUUCUGGAACUUCAUCCCCAAGAACCUGUUCGAGCAGUUCCGGAGAAUCGCCAACUUCUACUUCCUCAUCAUCUUCCUUGUCCAGCUGAUCAUCGAUACGCCCACCAGCCCCGUGACCAGCGGCCUCCCGCUGUUCUUCGUCAUCACCGUCACUGCUAUCAAGCAGGGCUAUGAGGACUGGCUGCGGCACAAGGCGGACCGGGCCAUGAACCAGUGCCCUGUGCACUUCAUCCAGCACGGCAAGCUGGUGCGCAAGCAGAGCCGGAAGCUGAGGGUCGGGGACGUCGUCAUGAUCAAGGAGGACGAGACUUUCCCCUGCGACCUCAUCUUCCUCUCCAGCAGCCGUGGGGACGGGACCUGCCACGUGACCACCGCCAGCCUGGACGGGGAGUCCAGCCACAAGACGCACUAUGCAGUCCCGGACACAAAGGGCUUCCACGCGGAGGAGGACAUCGACGGGCUGCACGCCACCAUCGAGUGUGAGCAGCCGCAGCCCGACCUCUACACGUUUGUCGGCCGCAUCAACGUGUACAACGAGGUCAGCGAUCCCGUAGUGAGGCCCCUGGGGUCGGAGAACCUGCUUCUGCGAGGGGCCACACUCAAGAACACCGAGAGGAUCUUUGGUGUGGCCAUCUACACGGGCAUGGAGACCAAGAUGGCCCUGAACUACCAGUCCAAGUCGCAGAAGCGCUCGGCCGUGGAAAAGUCCAUGAACGUCUUCCUCAUCGUGUACCUCUGCAUCCUCAUCAGCAAGGCGCUCACCAACACUGUGCUCAAGUACGUGUGGCAGAGCACGCCUGCCCACGACGAGCCGUGGUACAACCAGAAGACGGAGGCUGAGAGGCAGCGGAACCAGUUCCUCCAGGCGUUCACCGACUUCCUGGCCUUCAUGGUCCUCUUCAACUACAUCAUCCCCGUGUCCAUGUACGUCACUGUGGAGAUGCAGAAGUUCCUGGGCUCGUACUUCAUCACCUGGGACCAGGACAUGCUGGACGAGGAGACGGGGGAGGGCCCGCUGGUCAACACCUCGGACCUGAACGAGGAGCUAGGCCAGGUACAGUACGUGUUCACCGACAAGACCGGCACGCUCACGGAGAACAACAUGGAGUUCCGGGAGUGCUGCGUGGAGGGCCACGUGUACGUGCCCCACGCCAUCUGCAACGGGCAGGUGCUGCCCGACUCCGCGGGCAUCGACAUGAUCGACUCAUCCCCGGGCCCCAGCAUGAAGGAGCGGGAGGAGCUGUUCUUCCGGGCCCUGUGUCUGUGCCACACCAUCCAGGUGAAGGACGAGGAGGACGUGGACGGGCCCCGCAAGUCGCCCGACUCGGCCAAGUCCUGCGUCUACAUCUCCUCCUCGCCUGACGAGGUGGCCCUGGUGGAAGGGAUCCAGCGGCUCGGCUUCACCUACCUGCGGCUGAAGGACGGGCACAUGGAAAUCCUCAACCGCGACAACGACCUGGAGCGGUUCCAGCUGCUGGAGACGCUGAGCUUCGACUCGGUGCGGAGGAGGAUGAGCGUGAUCGUCAAGGCCGCCUCCGGAGAAAUCUACCUCUUCUGCAAGGGGGCCGACUCUGCUAUCUUCCCCCGAGUGGUCGAAGGGAAAGUGGAGCAGAUCCGGGCGCGGGUGGAACGCAACGCAGUGGAGGGGCUCCGGACACUGUGUGUUGCCUAUAAGAGGCUGUCCGCCGAGGAGUACGAGGGCGUGUGCGGGCUGCUGCAGGCCGCCAAGGUGGCCCUGCAGGGUCGAGAGAAGCAGCUCGCCGAGGCCUACGAGCAGAUCGAGAAGGACCUGGUGCUGCUGGGGGCGACGGCCGUCGAGGACCGGCUGCAGGACCAGGCUGCCGACACCAUCGAGGCGCUGCAGAAGGCUGGCAUCAAGGUGUGGGUGCUCACGGGCGACAAGAUGGAGACGGCGGCCGCCACCUGCUACGCCUGCAAGCUCUUCCGCAGCGGCACGCAGCUGCUGGAGCUGACCACCAAGCGCGUGGAGGAGCAGGGCCUGCACGACGUGCUGCUGGAGCUCAGCAAGACCGUGCUGCGCGGGGGCGGCACGCUGCCCCGGGAGGGCUGCUCGGGGCUCUCCGCGGACCUGCAGGACUUCGGGCUCAUCAUCGACGGGGCGGCGCUCACCCUGGUGAUGCGGCCCCGGGAGGACAGUGGCUCCGCGGGGAACUACCGCGAGCUCUUCCUGGACAUCUGCCGCAACUGCAGCGCCGUGCUCUGCUGCCGGAUGGCGCCGCUGCAGAAGGCCCAGAUCGUCAAGCUGAUCAAGCUCUCCAAGGAGCACCCAAUCACCCUGGCCAUCGGCGACGGGGCCAACGACGUCAGCAUGAUCCUGGAGGCCCACGUGGGCAUAGGUGUCAUCGGGAAGGAGGGCCGGCAGGCCGCCCGCAACAGCGACUACGCCGUGCCCAAGUUCAGGCACCUGCGGCGCAUGCUGCUGGUGCACGGACACCUGUACUACGUGCGCAUCGCGGAGCUGGUGCAGUACUUCUUCUACAAGAACGUCUGCUUCAUCUUCCCCCAGUUCCUCUACCAGUUCUUCUGCGGCUUCUCACAGCAGACGCUGUACGACACGGCCUACCUGACCCUCUACAACAUCAGCUUCACGUCGCUCCCCAUCCUGCUGUACAGCCUGAUGGAGCAGCACGUGAGCACCGACACGCUGCAGAGGGACCCGGCCCUGUACAGGGACAUCGCCAAGAACGCGCUGCUGCGCUGGCGGACCUUCAUCUACUGGACCUUCCUGGGCGUGUUUGACGCCCUGGUGUUCUUCUUUGGUGCUUACUUCAUCUUCGAACACACGACCGUGGGCAGCAACGGGCAGGUGUUUGGCCACUGGACGUUCGGGACGCUGGUGUUCACCGUGAUGGUGUUCACGGUCACACUGAAGCUGGCACUGGACACACACUACUGGACGUGGAUAAACCACUUUGUGAUCUGGGGGUCUCUCCUGUUCUACAUCGUCUUCUCCCUGCUCUGGGGAGGGAUCAUCUGGCCCUUCCUGAGCUACCAAAGGAUGUACCACGUGUUUGUCCAGAUGCUGGCCAGCGGCCCUGCCUGGCUGGCCAUCGUCCUGCUCAUCACCGUCAGCCUCCUUCCCGACGUGCUGAAGAAAGUGCUGUACCGGCAGCUGUGGCCCAGUGCCACGGAGCGGGUGCAGACCCGGAAGCAGUGCCUUUCUGGCGAGCAGCCCACCGUCUUUAUGCUCUCCCAGACCUCCAGCAGUCUCGCUUUCUGAGCACAGACGAGUGAGAGGCAGAGAGUGCGGGCGGAGGCCGUGCCCUGCAGCGACAGGCCACUGCUGAAGGACCUCUUGCGGAGGGACCAGCCGGCGGCCAGGUAACGGCUCCUCCUCCAGCCCUGCGCGGGCUGCUCGGCCCGGACACCACCCGUCGUCCUGCGGUCAUCCCGUGGCCCCAGCUGGAACCCAACGCCUCACCCUCGACCCCGAGGAAAAGCCUCUGGACAGCGUGGGGGACACUCUCGUGUCCCAGGACAUUCGGACCCUGGCCCCGGACACCGGGCGGGUGGCACAGCCACACUGAAGCGGGCAUCUGUCCAUCCCUCAGCCCUGGGGCCGGUCCCCUUCACGUCCCCUGGCGCUGCGGGCCGGGCACCUGCGGGCACCUGCGGGGCGUCCAGGGCCUGUGCUGUGGGCGGCUCCGUGCCCGGGCGGAUUCUCCUUCCCCGCUCCCGGCAGACGGAGCCCCUUGGUUCAGGCCCCCUCUCGGAGCCCCCUCCUCCUGCUGCCCUGGCCAGCCCUGAGCAGGGGACGGUGCUGCCAGGGUGCCACUGCAAGAGCCACGCAGACCCGUUCCCCGGCCCCCGUGUGCACGCACCACCGGUCACACGGGGUUGGGGGAGGUGGCCACUGCCCUCCUGCUGCGUCAGCCCGUGUGGACACGGCUGACCACCAGGACUGGCCCCCGGCCCCCGCCCACUGCAGCCCUGUGCUUAGCUGUCAGGACCCGCCCCCGGGGGCAGAGUGGGGGUGCCUGAGUGUCCCCGGUCAGGCGGGAGUUCGCGGCCUGAGACACGUGUCCCUGGCCUCACAGCACACCGGCCCUGCUGGACUGUCCUGGCUGGUACGGGUCUCCCGGCCGGCCACCGGGGCUGAGGCACAGUGUGCUGCCCAGGCUGGCCCACCCGCCCGCUCCUCUUCCGUCCCAGAUUUCUGUUUUAGAAGCAGCCUAUUGACAUACUAGCCUUAACGGUCCUUAAGGAAGACAUUUCAGUUCAGGCUUCAGACUCGGGGUGGGGGGGGGGUGUCGCUGUGCUGGGCGCGGUGUGGGGGUCUGUCUCGGCCGGGCCGGGUGCCUCGGGGUCCUGCUGGCAUGUCUGAGCGGAGCACUCCGUGGCGAGGGCGGCAGAGGGUCGGUCACCGCAUACCAAAGAUCAGGACUUGGGCCUUGCAGGACGGGAGGUGGCCGCAGCCCAGGGCCUCGCCCACCGCCCACCCCCCAGCCCGCAGGCCGCAGCGGGCACGGCCGCUCUGAGGGCAGCAGCGGGCAGACUGUGCGCACAUUUUUUUGACAAACUGUGUGUAAUGUAUUUUUUUAGAACUCCUCCAGUUGCCUUUACACUGAAGUAUUUUCAUAGCAGUUUCUACCUGAGUUAUUCGUCCACACGCCACACCUGAUUUCUGAACUGUCUUUAAAGCGCGUUACUUUUUAAGUUGAUGAGAAGUGGGCACUGAGUUAAGCUGUGGGCAGCGCUGGGCAACUUUCCGGGGGCGUUGCCGUGACCACCGCUCCUGGCUUGCUUGGUUCCUUCCUUCAGCCUUAAGAGCCCUCGCCAGGGGACCUCACCUUCCCCGGGAGGAGCCGGCGCGUCUGUCCCGAGCGAGCGGCAGCCUGGACCCUCAGAAGGCUGGAGUGUGCCGUGGGGGGGGUCGCAGCCGAGGGCUGUUCCCCAGGCCGCCGUCCAGGAGGGGAUCCGUCCCCAGGACAGCUCGUGUUUUUGCCUUAACUCGCCUUAAGUGUGCCCCGGGCGCCCGGAGCCCCCGCACUGUGUGCAGCUGACCACGCCUCUGGCCCCCGCCUGCCCCCAGUGCUCACACGCCCUCCGCCCUGGCCGCUCCCUCCUGGGGGCCCCCUCCCCGGCCCCACUGCCUCCCGCUCCCGCGGCCCCCGGCGGGAAGGCAGCACCCCCCUGGGCGCCUGCUGGGGCUGGUCUCUGGGUUCCCCGAGAUUCCUGUAAACGACGGAGCUCCCGGUUUGCACUGACACGGGCGCCCCUGGGCCCUGGGCUUCCUGGGAACGGCCAGUUUGUCUGCAGGGACCCCCGCUGGCCACUGCGGGCAGAGGCAUGAGCGUGGGCAGGCGGUGGACACCGGAGUCGUCUCGAGGGAAACAAAGCUUUAAUGGAGGCUCGCGGCGAGUGCUAUGAAAGUCUGAUUCUACUUUUGCAGAAAAAUCUAAAGAUCAGUUUAUAUAGCUUUAUUUUUACCUUACCGAAAUAUACAGAUUUUAAUAUGUGUUUGUCGACUCUGACGUCACACCGCUGUGUGUCCGCCUGCUGUCCGGAGCGCCCGUCCACUGCACGGGGCCUCACAGCCGUACCCGUCACGGGCGCCAUCGCCGCCAUCCACGUGGGUUUAUUUCUAAACUGUUGAAGCUAGUAGGCACAAUUAAGGUUAUAAAUCAGCCUCCAAACGAUAAUGUUUAAUUGAUGAUGAUUCAUUAACCUGCUCUGAAGAAUUAAAUGAUGA